UUCAAGCAAAGCUGAGGCGCCACGUCGUUGAGGUCCUCACCAAUCACCACCCAUGUCUUGAUCCGAAUGUUCCUAGAUACUCGUCUCUAUAAAAAUCUCGCCCACUGAAGCUCGUCACUACAAAUCCCACCCAACCCGCUUCACUCGGGUUUACAACUCUCACUCUCCCAAAUCACCAUCCCCUCCACGCACCCGACUUCUACUGCUCACGCUCCUCGAUCUUUCAUCUCAUGGCGACGGCGGAUGCGAGUCGGCCCAACGGGCCUGUGCUCUCGACACCCAACUGCCGCUCCGCCUCACCCACCCGCGCCAAGCUCGCCGGCGGCAACGCCACCCACUCGCCGGGCAAGUCCGUCAGCGGCUCGUCCCUGUCCUCCACCAGGAGCCGGCAGUCCUGCACGUGCUCCCCGACGAAGACAAACCACCCGGGCUCGCACCAGUGCAGCAUCCACAAGGCGCGCAGGCAGGCGGCCCUCGGCGGCAGCAGCAAGCCCGCCUCCCCGCAGUCCAUCCGCCGUCUGGGCUCGAAGCAAAUGAACAGCCGGCAGUGCGCCCGCAGGGCCCUCGCGCCGUCCGCCGCAGGGCAGCAGUCGCAGCACCUGAGGCGCGCGGGCGAGUUAAUCCCCAGGACGAGCAGGCUCUCUGCCAUGUCCACGGCCGGCGAGCGUCCCAGCAACAAGCAGUACUUUAUCAGUUUUGUUGUGGAAGCUCUUGUUUGGUUGUGGAAGCUCGCACGGGGAAAUUAAAUCCCACGAUUCCGACGAGAUUUGUGUAGUUUUUCUUUUAUGAUUGUGAUGAAAGGCGAUACUUUAUCAGUUCUGUUUCCUCGCCGGAAAUCAGCUGCUUGGCA